AUGAGUGCUGUCUUUAGUCCAUCACUUAUGAUGAUGCAGCGCCCACUGGGAAGUUCCACUGCUUUCAGCAUCGACUCGCUGAUUGGAGGUCCGCCCCAGCCGAGUCCGGGACACUUUGUGUACACCGGGUACCCGAUGUUCAUGCCCUACAGACCGGUCGUUCUCCCGCCGCCUCCACCGCCGCCGCCCGCCCUGCCACAGUCCGCCUUACAGCCGGGACUUCCUCCGACGCACCCCCAGCACCAGAUGCCGAGCUUGCCGACUAGUUUCUGCUCCAGUCUGGCGCAAGGCAUGGCUCUCACCUCCACCCUCAUGGCGACGCUGCCGGGCAGCUUCACCGCCUCUCCUCAGCACCAGGAGGCGGCGAGAAAGUUCGGGUCGCAGUCCCUCCAACACGUUUUCGACAAAACUCAGGACAUUCGGUUGGACGGAGACGAUGGGAAGACUUUUCAGGGUAAAGAGGCCACAGUGCUGCCCCCUUUCCAAGCGUCAGAUCCCGUGCAAUCGUCAGUAGCCAGAACGCAAGGCAAAGAUGACCCCAAAGAGGACGAGUGCAACCGAAAAGAGGAGAGUUUCUCAAUGGACAGUGAUUUAGACUACAGUUCCGACGAAAACAUGACCAAUAGCGCAAUGUGUCAAAAAGAUGACGGGGACGCGAGUGGUGGACUUGAUGACGGCGUCCACGGGCCUAACGGUGCUGGCAGUACUACGUCCACGGGGAAGAACAGACGACGGAGGACGGCGUUCACAAGCGAGCAGCUGUUGGAACUGGAAAAGGAAUUCCACUGUAAGAAAUACCUCUCCCUUACAGAGCGCUCGCAGAUUGCUCACGCUUUAAAGCUGAGCGAAGUGCAAGUCAAAAUCUGGUUUCAGAACAGGAGGGCCAAGUGGAAGCGCGUGAAGGCGGGCAACGUCAACUCUAAAACCGGCGAGCCCUCGAGAAACCCCAAAAUUGUUGUGCCCAUUCCCGUGCAUGUCAGUCGUUUUGCAAUAAGAAGUCAGCACCAACAGUUAGAGCAAGCGAGACCGUGAUUUUUCUCUUUCUGCUAUAUGAAGGACCAAACACAAAUAUGAAGAAAAUAAAUUCCGAAACAAAACAUAAAAAUAUAUACAUGCUCAUUGGGGAGAAAUACUCGUAAUCUGUUCAUCUUUUGGAGGGCGUGAAUAAUCAUGAUUUAGGGGGUCAGUCAAGCGAAGUGGCAGAAAAAAUGCUGCCUUAAUCUAGUUAGUGAUUUAAAUGUGUGGCUUUAGCUUAGCUUUACCAUUGAAACGACCCUUACACUUGGAUACAUUUUGUUAAUUAAACAAACGAAGACAACAACGAUGACGUAUUUAUUAUCAAUAAAUUGUGUACAUAUUGGGGAAUAUAAGAAAUUUAACUGAUAUGGGACCAAAUAGAAUAUAUUAGGCUACUGUAAGCCUUCCCGUUGCCAGGAAAGUAUACUUGUUUUAAGUUCACAAGUUUUCUUGUGUUUUGUUUUCUUUAUAGUGUGUAUAUAAGCAGAUGAGAAAGGAUAGGCUACUGUCUUGUGAGUGUGUUUUUGCAGACGCAAAUAAUCAAACUACCCCCAGAACAGAUAUUGGCAUUUAAGAAAAUUCGAGUGAGAAUAAGAUCAUGCGGAAAAAUCUGACUCUGCUUGAGCACACUGUACUUGGUGUUGAUGACCUUUCUUUAUCUAUUAAUUAUGAUGAAUCCACGUUUUAUGUUUGCUUGAAACUUUGUACUUUUUGGCUUAGUGACAUUUUAAUAAGGCAGAAAGCACGCUGUUAAUUUAUUUUAUAUUGUGCAAAAAGUAGCAAACAUCUGAUAAGUUUAAGAAUAUUGUGUGAAUUAAACCUGGACAUUAAGCAAUUAUGUAAA